AUGAAAGUCGGUGAAUUCGGGCCGUUAAUCGAUCAGCUCAUUUUAGCAAAAGCGUAUCGCGUGCGGCAGCAAGAAGUGCUGAAAAAAGUAUCUUGGAAUAACCACAUCAUCAUCGUUCGAUUGUUCCAGGACGAGGUGGGUGGUAGUACGGUGGUAGCCGAGGGUGUCGUAGGUGGCAUAAGGGGCCCAGGCGGCGGGUGCCGCGCAUCCUCGAUGACGAUGGCCGAGAGCGCCGUGGAGGACGCUGCAGCCGCGCCCCCGGGCCCGGCCAAGCCGCCACCACCCUCCUGUACGAACAACAACACCCUCGCGGCGACGGCCAACCGCAACCAUCGGAACCCCCGCAAGAAACGAAGACGACUGGAGCAAGUGGUGGACACAUUGCAGGCCCAUCGCAGUUCACCAUCCGAGGGCGAGGUGUUGAAGUUCGAAGGCAGCGGUCCCGUGUCCGAGGAGGAAGACGUCUUCGGCUCGCCCAGAUCGUCAUCCUCGCGAUCCGCCGUAGAUACCACCGCGGUGAUUGACCAAUUACCAUUGAGGUUAAAAGACGCGGAAGCAGUGACGUCAACCGAAGAGGAGCUCAAUGAGAUCAGUCAGCAGUAUCGCCAUCAUCCCCACCGACCAUAUCGCUACUCGUAUCAUCACCAUCACCAUCAUCGACAUCGUUACUCGCCCUAUCAGAACAACCACCGAUUGUCGGCGACCAAGUACUCUGACUGUAUGUGUAGCCAGUGCUCGCAGACGCUGGCUGCGUCGGCAGCGAUGAUGUCGGCGACCUCCCUGCAGACCCCGCUGUCGCGAACCAGCUUCACGUACAGCAGUAUAUGUGGCACGUAUAGCAUAUUCGAGCAGUACAUGCAUACCAAGUACCUGUCGUCGUCGUCGCCAGGCGACACCUUCCGCGGACGCAGUCACUCCGAUUCAGAUGUUGUGCCCAAGUGGGACGAAACGCGGGUACCAGCCGCGACCACUUCCUUUUCCUCUGUCGUCAAUCAUUUCCCGCGAAGUAGCUCCCUCGAGAGCGAUGGCACGAGUCCUCAAGAAUCGCCGUUGGAUCUCUCCAUGAAGAACUUGAUGCUGCAGUCUACCGCGGCUGCUUCGGCGGUCUCCACCAGGUCGCCGUCUCUUCAGCUGCUACCGUCCGGCAUUGUGACGCGGGGUUCCGUCAGUGUGCCCGUAGUCAGGGGCGAUGUUGCGUCACCCACGACGAAAGAAACCGUUGCGGUACGGUAUAAUUUGGAGGUUCUACCUGUCGUUGAGGAAAUGGCGCCGGGCGCGGACGUGGCUUACGUCUGUCCAGAAUGCGGGCAGAUGUUCAGUCUGCACGAUCGUUUGGCGAAGCACAUGGCGUCCAGACAUCGUCGGCAAGGUCUCCACGACGCCUCGGCGAAAGCGUACCUCUGCGACGUUUGUCAGAGGAGUUUCGCGAGAUCGGACAUGUUGACUAGGCACAUGAGACUGCACACCGGCGUCAAACCGUACACAUGCCGGACUUGUCAUCAGGUGUUUAGCAGAUCUGAUCACCUCAGCACCCACCAGCGAACCCAUACCGGCGAGAAACCGUAUAAAUGCCCGCAGUGUGCCUACGCAGCCUGUCGCAGGGAUAUGAUCACCAGGCAUUUGAAAACCCACAAUCGGUACGCGGACGGCGCUAUCCCCAAGACCGAACCCGGUCUACUCGCUGGUGAGGAAUGCCCUACUUUCGACCAAAACGUGGCAGCGGCGCCGUCAGCGAUUAUCAAAGCUGAAUGACAACGAUCGGUCGGAUGACCCUGGCUCUACUCUAGCUCCAGGUCUCAGCGAGAACGUUGCGAUAGGAUGAAUCGCGGAUCCUUAGGGAUCCUCGCGGGUCGAUCAGGAUUUCGCGGGAACAUGAUGAGAAAGCGAAAUCGCCGGUCGACAACCUCCAUGACAUUAGCCGAGCGUUAGAAAGAAAUCGAUGCUUUAAGAGAUCGCGAUCUCUUGAUGGAACAGGAAAAUCGGCGAGAGGGAAUAUUUCUUUUCUUGUUGUAAUUCGAUUUCGCAAGAAUCCCGACGAACGCUAAUGAGAGUCUGUGAUCGAGCUUAAACUUUUGGGAGAAACAACUAUUUUGGAAGAGAUUGCAGUUAGACGUGUUAAAUUCAUUCUUUCGUUGCACAUUAAAGUUCCUGCAGAAAAGUUUAUGAUAUAUCAUAUCGACAUAUUUGAAGAAUUUGUUAAAUUUAUGGAUAUCUAACCAUUAUUUCUUUUUUCAUUUCAUAUUUUAUACAUUGAAAAAUGUUUUAAUAGUGUGCACGUAACGUUGUCUAAAAAGUGACUUUCUUUGCUUCAAAAUUAUUGCAACGUCUUGCCAUCUUUUAUUAUAUUUGCAAACGUGAUAAAAUCCCUCCUACGUGCUACUACUUAGCCAAACAGUUAAGUUCGCAUGUCGGAAGCAUCAUGGAGAGCUGAAUAAUAAAAGUAAACUUCUCUCCCGUGAGUAUUAUUACAUUGUAUUAUUUAUCAAAAAAUUUAUGAUUUUUGCUUAACGAUUCUUUGCGGAUUGCUUAAAAAUCAUCAUCCUUCAUGCGUCACACGCAAUCGCGAACAAUGCCGAACAGUAUUAUCGUACUUCUUCGACCCCUGCAUCUGAUUCUGUUUCCGCGAUUCGAGUUUCAUUCUUCCUAAUAUUUUAUAUACGGCACACAAUAUUUAUUUGCAUGCGUACCAAGGAAAUCUAUCUCAGAUAAAUUAUCAAUUUGUCAAUACACUUAUUCCUCCUGUCAUUUGCAAUGUAUUAUUUACAUUAUAUUAUACUUUUAUAUAUCCAUGUAUUCUAGAUACUGUUAUCAAAAUUUGAAAACUUUCUUUGAGCUUAAUCUUACUUUUCAAAUUCUUAUUUGGCUGACAACUGUAUCGAUUGCUGCAUUCUCGGAGAUUUCUUGAUUGUCUUUGAAAAGAUAUAGCAACUAACUAGCUGCUCUCUUCGUACAUCUUUCGCUUUCUCGUUCUCGAUACACAAAAUUGAGAUACACACAAGCUGAAAAUAAAGCAUUCCUGCUCGGUCGCACAAGUGCAGCGCGGUGCACAAAGGUAAUAUGAAAGCGGUGCUUAAGCUCGGCGUUAGAAUCGAAUCGUUUUCUAUCGUGCUCGUAAAACGAUCACGUGUCCAGUAACACUGUAUAUACAUAAUUAAUCGUAUCGCGCGUCAGUUCUUCGCGAAAGACUUUCCUAAUCUUUAACAUUAACUAUGGAGGAAUCUGGAACGUGGCCCGUCAGCGACGCGAACAUACGUGCCAAAUUUUAGAUAAAUAUUUCGGACACGCGAUCGACACACGCAUCAACCCCAGUAAAUUGUAUAUCGAGGUCUAGUGAAAUUCGUAAUUUCAAUGUAUCGUAUCUUUUUUAUCGUUUAUAUAAAUUCUUUAGCUAAAAAGGUAAAUCGAAACGCAAAUUGUUGCCCAGAAUUUAAUAUGACUUGAAAUCGCAUUAAGAUACGGCAAAGUAUAUAAAAAGGAUUCAUUAGACCUCACUUAAACAGUUUUAGAGUUGUACUGUUUAAAACAUAUCUGUCGGUCGAGCGCGAUUUGCGGGCCGGAGAAAAACUAUUGGUGACGAGAGAAUAAUCUCGCCAAUAAUCCCCCCCAAAGUAAAAGACGAAGCAGAAUCAAAUCAAUCAGCGAGAUAAUUUCUGAUUGAGAGUUUAUUUACCGCCAAUAUUUUUCUCAUGUGUCCAUAUCUAAAUAGCGAGUCGCCAUUGGUAACCUCGUCGAUUCGCCCGAAACCUGCUCAAGUUGUUGUUGCUCGAAAACUUGUUAAGACGACUUCCUACAGAAGUCGAAAGAAGCAAAAGCAGUGAUGUAUUGAUAGUUAUAAUGUAAUCGUGAUCAUUGUUUUGCGAUGGACAUUUCGUUAGUGCGGGGUCGACAAGUCACCCGAUCGCAAGAAUAAGAACAACGUGAAAAGAAAAAAAGAAAAUAUUCGUACCUGCAGAAAGAGCGAGAGGGGAAAAACGAUGUUAAAGCAUAAUAAAGCGUAUAGAAAUAACGUUAAUUAGUGAGUAAUAUUAUUGACACUAUUAUUGCGUUUUAUUAUUGUAACUAUUGCGAUUAUAAUUAUUCGCGCCGCCGCCAACCGGCAAGGAGAUGAAAUAUUUUUUUAUAUAACGCACUUGACGUGUGUGACGUCGCGAAAGGCUUCGAAUACGCGAGCGCGAAGAAAGAGCGCGUUUGAAAGUUGGUCUCACCUCGAAAUUAAUGCUAAUUAAGUAACAUCAAACGCCGCGGGAGACGAUAACGUCGGCGUCAGUUCGUUACGUUAUCGAGGAACGAACAUUCAAAUUGACGCAAUCGAUACGGACUCUUCCAAUUUUUUAACGUUUUUUUUCGGUAGAAGCUAAGUAUACAGCGGUCGUUGCGGCGCGAUUAAUCGAAACUGGUUGUGGUGCUUAAGCGAAAAAGGGCGAAUCCGACAGGUAUCUUUGCGCUGUGAAUCGACGAAGACAAUCUAAAAGUACUCAAUCCAUGAUCUCUGUACGGAUAAGGUCGCCAGGCCGAGCAAAUGGUGAAUUGAAUCCAGUAAUGUCCUAAUAAAUGUAAUUCGCAGAGAAAGCAAACAUAGUAUUAAAACGUCGGAAAUAAAGAUUUCAAUCAAUGCAUCUCCUACAAGGUACAUUAAAAUGCAUUAAACGAAAUUUCAUCUCGCCAUUUGCCCGGUCCCGCGAACAAGUUCGUCUCUCGUUUCGGAAACGUCAAUUCCAUAUAGUUUUACGAUAGUUAUAUGGUGACUCGUUGAGCAGUACGCGCCGACAUAAUACUCGAGCUUACUCAGCCUCGAUCGUUUUGUCCGUAAUCCUUACCCUAUGUAUAUUUAUGUACUUCCCCGAUGUGUCUCCUAUUCCUCGACGGAAAAAAAGAACAAGUAAAAGUAUCGACACGCGCUGAUACAUUGCACGCGCAUAGGUACGUAUAUCUCUGUAUUUUUGUAUAUCGAGGUUUUUUCUAAUUACCUAUCUACCGAUUAAGCGUUUUCAGAGGACGAGUAAGUAGCUAUUAAGGAGAAAGUAUUGUCGCUCUCUGCUUGCCAUUUUACUUGCCCCCCCCCCCCUCCCCAUUUUGAUCGAACGAUUGCUUGCGGUGUUUAUCGUAUGGUGCGACGCGCGAAGGAGAACCGUCGAAUCGGAGGACGCUCGUUUAAUCGAUACUAGCAAAGUACACAUGCGACCAAUUAUCAUUCUAAAAUUAAACAAAGUAUUUUUGUUAAUUGUUUUCUUUCACGGCGGGUUACAAACUAGUUAAUUACGAAAGUAAAUUGCUUUAAUAUAUUUCAAGAUUAUGGACGAAAAAGUGUACAUCUCAAUAUGCGGAUGUACGAUUAAUUUUCAAGUGCCAUCGAGUCUUUGAUGCGUCGCAAUGUUCUUUUUUUGCUCCUUUUGUUAUUUUUUUUAGCAUGAUUAUCGAAACGAGAACAUCAAGACCUUUUAUUUGACGUUACCCCUCGCACCAAUUCAGCCUUAAACUGACAGAAUCUCUUGCGUAUUAAGUCUGUAGUAACUUAAAGUAAGAAAAGACGUGAGAAAGGAACAAACACGUUCGACGCGUCUUCGGGCAGUUAAGCGAACGCCGUGCCAGACCUGUUCUUGUAAUUAAUAACAAGUAUAGCCAUUCGUAUGAUUAUUAUUAUUUCUAUUAAUAUUAUUAAUUAUUAUUAAUAUUAUUAUUAUCUCUAGUUACGUUGUUAAGUGAUUAAUCAUGUUUAAUGCUUCUAUUAUUUAUUUUGUUAUCCCGUUCAUGAGUCAAGCUUUCUAUUCUCCUUUCUCAUCUGUUCUUUCCUCACUAUCUCCAUUCUUUUCUUUAUUCCCGUUCUAUUAAUUUUCCAUUUUACUUAUCUCCAUUUGAUUCAUUUAUCCUUUACCGAAUCGGAAGAAGGGAGAGAGAGUUCAACUUACACGAAAAAAAGUUCAUCAAGAUAUCUUGUAUAUUAAAUAUUUAUCGCAUUUUCCAAUUGAGGACUAAAAUAUAUUUUGAAUCUCACACUCAUCUCCCUUUUCUCCAAUUUACAUGGCACAACAAAGCUUGUCUCCGAAGAGAUUUUGAUCUCCAAUUCCUCCCAAACAAAGGCAUAUCUUUUGUAACGAUGAAAUGCUGAUGAAAUUUGUGUAAAUGAUUGAUGAUGAUUGUGUACGUUAAUUUAUAAAUUAUGUUGUGUUUACGAUUCGUGCCAGAAUGGAAAAAAAAUAUAAUUUUUCAACGAAUCAUCUCCGUACUUCGUCAUUUUCACCCAUAUGUUUCCCAUUUGUUAUUCUAUCUAUUUCUAUAUUUUUCCUUUUUUUUAAACGUGUGACUUAUAUUUUAAUAUAAACUAUUAAAUAUUAAGUAAACGAACUGUGUGAUAUAUUUAUUGAAAGCUAUUUUCAUGUAAUUAGUAAUACAAUUUCAAUUCGGAACUAUUGAAGAUUAAAGACUUGCAAUAGACUUAAUUUGCCUUCGAUUAUAAUUUAAAGCGAUACAUUUUCUUUAAAUCCUUUCUAAAUGUUAAUUUGAUAAUUACGUCGGAAAGUAUGUGGUGCCUUGCAAUGUUCGAGAGUCCGUACUUAGGAUAAAUAGAUAAAUCAAUAUGAAUGGAUGGGAAUAUACCUAUCGUAUCAUUUUAAGGCUGAAACAGAGAUAAUUAUGAUAGGAACAGGAUUCAAGCGAAUUAUUUUUUCAUGCGACUUUUGGAUAAGAGAGUGGAACUUUCCGAUAUACACGCGAUUCUUAAGAAUUCGUAAUCUAUAUCUAUAUACCGGCAGUCAGUGUUGUGCAAGACAAUCGUGAUUAUUACCCAAAUGAGAAAAUGUAUCAAAUGUAUAAAUGUAACUAAUGUGCUGUUGCUAUUUAGAUCGUACGAUUUUAUCACAUAUCUUAUACAGAGCAACUUUAAAAAGUAUUUAAUCAAUCGAUUAAACUAUCCCUAUUUAUAUCGUAAAAAGGAAAUUUGAUCAAAGAAAUUCUUAUUUGACCAAUAUUUGGUUGCAUUUAUUUGUAUAAUGCACAACACUACUCGCGACACUUACUGCAGUACUGUAAAUAUUUCAAGGCCUUUAACAACAAGGGCGUACGUUCGUUUUGUCACGAUGUCAUCUUUGUAUCCUUUUCUACUGCCAUGAAUUUAUAAUCCGCAUAUCUGUACAUCGAAAUGAGGACAAGAACCUGUAUGUUGCUGCACUUCUAUGAUGGAAAUAUAUAUAUACACGUUA